GAGCAGGGCAUAAAACCCCAUUCUCAAAUCUCUGAAACGUUAUUGGUCACAUUCCUGAUUGCGUGACGAACACGGAAGUUAGGUGGGGUUUUUUGACGGGAUGUGAACAAAAUGAUCGGAGAUCUGUUGAUAUUCGGGACCUUACUGGUGAAUGCAGGGGCCGUGCUGAACUUCAAGCUCAAAAGAAAGGAGUCCCAAGGAUUUGGAGAUGAGUCCAAAUCACCGACAACAGGUGACAACAUCAGAGAGUUUCUGCUCAGCCUGCGGUACUUUAGGAUCUUCAUCGCUCUGUGGAACAUCUUCAUGAUGUUCUGCAUGGUCGUCUUGUUUGGGUCAUGAUCAACGUUUUUGGUGACUGGACUUUCAUCAGGAUGCUGUUUUUCCAAGUUGGAUGCUAUAACCUUUUCCUUUAUUAGAGUUUGUACUAUUUGUCACUUUAACUGUAAUUUAUUCUCUAUUUUCUUCACAACCCCAAAUCAUAAGUCUGCUUCCUGCUGUACAGGAAUUUAUGAAUUGCUGUAUUUAUUUUGUCUUACAGAAGUUGUUACAUUUGUACCCCUUGCUUUUAAGCUGUAACUGCACCAACACCCUUGCCUUUGCUGAAUACAUGUUGUUGUGUGCCCCUGUGCUUCAUCAUAAAACAUUAGAUCAUUUUCUCCAGCAUUUCAGUUUGCUUUGCGGUUGAAAUAAGACUUAUCUGUGUUUCAUCCUUUAAAGAUCCUGUAGUGAUCAAAGCUGGUGGAAAAAAUUUUGAUUUACCAAGAUCGUCUUGCUUAAACAUCUUUUUAUCCCUUUUCCUUGCACAGCCGUUACAGUCACUUAAUGAACUUAUCUCAUCUCCUCUGUACAAACAUCUCCAAAUGUACUCACACUCUAGUGUAUAGUGUAUGUCCAUACAGAAAAUUUCAAUGCAUUAUAAAAAAAAAGAAGCAAUAUUCCUUUAUUCUGGGGCACAUGUGCUGUAAGUAAAUGUAUUUGCCCUACAAUGUAAAUGUGUCCUGUUCAAAAUAAUAAAAAACAUUUUCUUA